CAAGUUUAAAAAUAAAAAUAAAAAAUCAAACUCACGUGGUCCCUAGAAAUAAAACAAUUUAUUGAACAAGAUCGUGAACAAACAUGUUUGAAAAAAAAGAAGGAAUAAAUGAAAAAUUAAGGAAACUUACCAAUAGUUUUAAGGGGCAUUCUCAAUCUGGAUUAACUUAAUUCAAUCACCAAUUAGGUCCACCUUUCUCGGCAAAAUAGCGAAAUAAAGUAAUUAAUUAGCUUCAGCCAACCAAACCCGAUGAAACCGGAUUUGCACAUGGACCUCUGGGUGUUUUUGGUAAUUUUCUUUUAUUUCAGAUGACCUGGUGAUGAGGUAAUCAGUAAUAAAUAUAAUGAUCAAUCACAUUUUUAUAUGGGAGAUAUUUUAGAUUAAUUAGGAACCGUACCUUCAUCCAUCACCGUUAGAUUAUGUCCAACUUGAUUAUUAAGAAAAUAGAAAUUAAAAAAGUAGUAAAAAUGGAAUAAAAUAGAAGUUUCAAAUAAAAUUUUUCUCUACCAGUGUCUUAAUUUUCUCCAAUCGGGAGGGGUAUAAAUUUCCCUAGAUUUCUGUCGUUGGUCUAUUAGCUCUAAAACGCCGCAUGUUUCAUCCUCGACGAUGAAACUACAGUGCGAGUCUUAACGGUUAAACUAAUUGUUACUGGAAAGAACAUAUCGCUGCUACACGGAUUAUGAUCGAAAUGGGUCAUAUUGAACCAAAAAAUAUAGCAUUGAGAUCACCGGAAAAUAAGGGUAAGCGCCUUUACGAGUCAACGGGAAGAACAGCAUUCUCUUGAUACAUGCACCAACUCCAAAUCGAUAAUUGCUGCCAAACACUCAAGUCUGAGUCAACGGAAUAAAAUUUCCAAUUUUCUAUCUCACCAACCAGGAACCCCUUGAAAGUCUAGCUAUUAUGUAUAGUUUUGCCUUCAUACUAUUGAAAUUAAGCAGAGAGACUGUUGAGCAGGCAGAGACAGAUGGCUCCGGUGCCGAAGAAGAAGACAAUAAAGCACUUCACUCACCCAGGACAUGAUUUGGCAGAGAUUUCAACGAACGAAGAGUACCUCUGCGGGGGUUGCAGAACUCCAGGCGGGGUGGGCACCAGAUACCGAUGCCAUCAUUGUGAUUUCAAUCUGCACGAGUACUGUGGCUCCUGCCCCUCCACCCUCUCCUCCUUCAUGCACCCACAGCACCACCUCAAUAUAGUGGUUCGAACCCAAGGCGCGCGCCAGAACCAGCGUAUCUGCGAUUUGUGCGGCGACUCUGUCGAGGGGCUUUUCUACAGGUGCAAGCUCUGCGACUUCGACGUCCACCCGCUGUGCACCCAGUUGCCUCAGUACGUGCGACACGCGCUUCACCCAGAUCAUCAAUUGAUGCUCCAGCCCUCCGUGCCUGGCUGGUGUGCGGUUUGCAAAAGCGUGUGCAGUUCUUGGCGGUACAGGUGCAAGACUUGUAGCUUUGAUAUUCAUCUCGAGUGCAUAUUAUUAGUACCGUCCAAUGGAGCGUCGACGUCACGCUCAGUACCGCCGACAGGUCCGCCACCACAUUUUUAUUGGGCUGCACCACCACCUCCGCAUGGUGCUCAUGGCUAUGGGGUCCCUCCUGGUUUCAGUCCACAGUAUAACCCUGUUAGCGAAGCACAAGGAAGUAGUAAGCCGUCGAAAGGGAAGAAGCUGGGCAAGAUGAUGUAUACGCUCGUGGGGAAGCUAACCAUUGGAGUGAUUGCUAAUGUGUUGUUUGGAGUGGGAGAUUUCUCUUCGUCCUCCUGAAUUUACGUGGGAGGACUUUUGCUUUUAAUUUUGUGCAGGCAGUACUUGAUUCUGUUGUUAUUCAAGUGUUCAUCAAAUUGAUGUUAUUGAAGUGUUCGUAAUUUCGCU